AAUGAACCGUGUUUAACUGUAAACCUUAACAGUCGGUCUUUCUGGGUUAAUCGGGAAGACACGAUGGACGUUAACUCUUAUUUUCAGGCCUUUGAGUCAAGUGUGAGUGGUUAUGUUGGAGAUGACCCCUUAGAUCCUUGGGACAAGUUUGUACAGUUUCUCGAGUGCAAGCUGUCCCCAGAGGAGAGGAAGGACAUGUAUGUAGUGCUGGACCGCCUCAUUCAAACCUUCAUUCAAGACGAGCGAUACCAUAAUGACCUGCGAUACGUCACUCACUGCAUCAAAUGUGCGAGUUUCUACAGCGAUCCGAUUGAGGUGUACAGUCAUCUGCACUUCCAGGGCAUUGGAACACAAGCUGCAGUACUGUAUGUGGAAUGGGCCCAUCAGUUUGAGAAGAAAGGGCUGCUUGCACAGGCUGAGACAGUUUACCAGAGAGCUCUAGAGAACAAGGCUCAACCACAAGACAGUGUGCUUCAACAGUACAAGCUCUUUCAGGGGAGAAUAUCUGCAAAUACUCAGACAGCACAACCAGAUAAUGUGCGGCAGCCACUUCAAAACUCACAUCUUGUCAAUCAGAAUCUCAGACAGAGAGAUGCUGUUCAACCGCAGUGCAAGGAGCCAGAAGAGAGCUCUCCUGCUCCUAGAACAGUGCGCAUAAUCUCUCGAUCAGAGAAUAACCCGAGCCGGACUAGCAGCAGUAACGCUGUGCAGUGUGUGUCCAUGUACUGUGUGGAUGAGCUGAAGUGUGAGGGAUCAGAGAUGUCUUUUGAAGAGCUCCGAGCCAGACGCUACUUCACUAAAUGUAAACAGCAGGAGGAACAGCGCAGUCUGGCGGAGGAGCACCGCAGAGUUUGGGAGGAGGAAGAGGAGGUGAGGAAGAUGAAGCAGCUCUUGAAUGAUCUGGAGAAGAAUGUGACUCUACAUCAGGCAGAGCAGAGGAACCCAGAGACACGCACUCUCCAGAGUCACAUGCAGGAGCUGCAGAUAGCAGCACUGCACAUGGCUGAAACCACAGAGUCAGUGUCAGCGCCUCAUACAGGACUGCAUCUCCGCAGCGAGCAAUCUACAGGACACAAGGUUAAAUUAGGCUGCACUCCGUCCUCCAGACUCAUGUCAGAAUCAAGCCACGCAGUACACGGCUCCCUGGCUCAGUGUGUGAGUGGCUCUAGAGAGAGCAUGCAGGAACAGGCUGACAUGGUGUCAGGGCACACGACAGGAACGCAUACCAUAUCACAUGGCAAUGCCAGCACAUCCCUGAUGAUAAACUACCACUGCUCAGUCCAGGAAAGCAGAGGAGAUCAUGAGGUCUUUAAACCGGAUGAGGCAGAUGGAGAUGGAAACGCAGACACAUCAUGUGGAGGUUUCAAUCUCUCUCACGUUACUCCAAACACAUCUAUGGGUUUCCUUCACACCACACCUUCCCGUGUUCUCCCUUCCCCCACGGUCAACACACGAGAGGCUUUGGGUUUGAUCAUGGACAUGUUUCAGGCACCCACCCUCCUCCAGGAGACCAUGUUCAACAGCAUCAUCCAGCCUGAGGACAGCUUUGAGAAGAGCUGCAGAAUCACUAGUAGUGCCCCCUCAUGUGUUAAACCACCUAGCAUGACUCCAUUCAAGAUUUUCCAGGACAAAAAUGAUCAGGAGAAUGGAGGUGCUGAUGUGGCUCUGAGCAUAACAAAACCAACCGUGAGCCGGGCACUGAUGGAAAUCGCAGUAUCCAAAGCCAAUGACACGCCAAUCAGCACUGAGUCUAUAACAGAUGAGAGUACUGUAUGGGGCGCUCGUAACGUUUCAGUGGACCCGUGUCCCAACCACACCCGUGAUUUCACCCUGUCCGCUCAUCUGGUGUCCACACCCCUUCACCCUCACGCUCCUCACUCAUGGGGUAUGGAGCAGGAGCAAGAGGAAAACAUGCCGGUCAGUACUGUUGGCUGUCCUGAGGAAAACCCAUUCAUGCGGCAGCCCACUAAACUCAGUCCAAUCUUGGAGCAGAGUCCAGCAGAUGAGAAGCCGCCUGAGGUGGCAGAAUGCAGCAUGCAGGCUCAUGGCACUAUUGUUGGAGAGGGUGUGCCUUUGGCCCAUCAGAGUCAAGGGCUUUCUCUGGUCCAACAAAGCCAAAUGACCUGCAGCAGCAGGAAUCCACUGGCCGCUCUGUCCUUCCCUGACCAGACAACCCUGAGGGCAGAGGACGAGUCCAUGAAGUCAAUCAACACGAGCACCAGACCCAGCUGGAGCAUCUAUCGGAGCCCAGAGAAAGAGCCAGAUGUCCCAGUGCAUCAAGACUCAGUUAAUGUUCUCUUGCCAAAGAGGUCCUUUCACAGGCACAAGACCUUGAAAAAGCCAUUGGAGAGUCAGGAUGUUGUUAGCAGGUCCCUCUGUGAGCGAGAUGUCCUGAUGAGUCCAAAACCUGCUCCGGGACUGCACUGGUUACAGGUGGACAACUUUGCACACACAGCAGAAUCAGAUCUUGAUGUUAUGAUGAGUCUGACCUCCGGAGCGGAACGGAGCGUCAUCGCCAAGCCUACCUGGACCAUCUACCAGAGUCCAGAGAAAGCAACCGAACCAGACUUCCUGUGGGCAAAGAAUCAAGAACCAUUGGCAGAACAUGAUUUAGAUGUGCUCACAGCUCAACAGGAAGUAGAAGUUCUCCAUCCCAAGAAAUCAUUCCAGCAACGGAAGUCUGGGGCAAAGAUUUUGCAGACGUUUCAUGAGUCUCUCUUGAUUAGUCCAAAGCAAGCAUCUAAACCAGCUCAGGAGGAGCCCAUGAGUCCAGACCCAGCACCAGGACUAAACUGGCUCUGCACCAACAGCCCACAACGGUCAACGGAACCAGAUCUGAACGUCAUGGCCACCCCACCACAGAGAUCCAAGAAAAUCUCUUUUCCUGCUAGAGCAAAUACAAUGCUUCUACCGAGUCCUGCUCCGAUGGCUGUCAGUGGAAUGGAAGUUCCUACGAGCCCCAUGGACACAUCCAGACAAGCCUAUGUGAAUCUAGUGUCAGAUCCGUGGGAUGAGGACCUUAUAGUCUCUCUGCUGUCGAACCUGCAGCCUCCUCUCACAUCCGACCCUAACCUCACUGUCUGGAGCUGUCGGCUGCCCACCAUCACUCCUAAAAUGACAGUACAGAUCGCGGGAGAGUCACUGCGAGUGGACUUUGUGCUUGGACAGGGGGCUUUUGCAACAGUAUACCAGGCCACCAACCUCAUGACCACACAAAAACUCUUCCUGAAGGUGCAGAAGCCUGCGAACCCUUGGGAGUUUUACAUUGACGGCCAGUUGAACGGCCGCCUGCAGCCCAGUGUACGACAUCUCUUUAACACCAUAUUCACUGCUCACCUCUUCACCAAUGGCAGCGUCCUCAUCGGAGAGCUGCACAACUGUGGCACACUACUGAGUGCUAUUAAUCUGUAUAAAAGCCGCAGUGAAAAGGUGAUGCCUCAGCCCCUUGUGCUCUACUUCACUGUCUGCAUACUGCACAUGGUCGAGCAGCUACACCAGGCAAACAUCAUACAUGCUGACAUCAAACCUGACAAUUUCCUUUUGGGAGAGAGGUUUCUGGAGAAUGACUGCUUUGAGCAGGAUAAUCUACAGCAUGGUUUGGCUCUCAUCGAUCUGGGUCAGAGCAUUGAUAUGACACUCUUCCCAGAAGGCUCUGUGUUCACUGCCAAAUGUAUGACAUCAGGCUUCCAGUGUGUGGAAAUGCUGAGCGUGCGUCCUUGGAACUAUCAGACCGAUUACUUUGGCAUUGCGGGAACGGUCUAUUGUAUGAUAUUUGGUACGUACAUGCAAGUUAAAAAUGAAGGAGGAGUUUGGAAAACAAAUGGAGUUUUCAAAAGGAAUGUUCAUGCCGAUCUCUGGCAGGACUUCUUCCACGUGCUUCUAAAUGUACCGGACUGCAAUGCUUUACCAUGUCUGCGCAGUCUUCGUCUGCGUCUGAACACAGUCCUGCAGGAGAACUACAGCACCAAACUCCGCAGUCUUAAGAACAGACUGGUGGUCCAGAUCCUGGAGUCUCGCUCCUCGCGCAGAUAAACGCACAUCUGACUGAAAUGGCUCGUUGAAUUCCUGCUUGAAAGUUUUAGUUUGCAGAAAAAAGACAAAAUGCUUCAAAAGGACACAGGUUAAUUUAACAAUAUUCUCACAAACAGGGGAGCUGUUAGCAGGUGGAACGGUGCCUGUGUUUGUCAGCAUAGAGUUACUGGGUCAAUUCUUCGCUAUUUGUAUUUUACGGGGAUUUCUUUAUUUUGUUAAAUUGUAAAAAAAAAAAAAAUUAUAUCUUUUGUAGAUUUUUUUUAUAAACCAUGUUGGAUCACAAGCACACUUACUGUGAACAGUUCCUGUAGGAAACACUAGUCUGGUAAAGGGGGAUUGAUGCAUAACAUGUCCAUUGACUUUGAUUUUAGAUACAAAUGCGUAAAAGUGGAUGUCUUUGGUCCCCUUAAACAUUUCUUUUUUAUAUAUAUAUAUAAUUUUUAUCACCUUUCACACAUUCAAUUGAAAUGCUCCUCUGGUGAAAUGUUUUUAGUAUUACAAAUUUUCCUUGUAGCCUGUCAAUUAAUGAGGCCAUAAAAGCUGUAUGAAUAAUCAUCAUAAAAUAAUUAGCGAAAAGCUUUUUUAAACCAGUUUAUGUUGAGUCUAGAAUGACAGACUUUAACCCUAACCCAUUACAUGGCAACUUUCCAAAAGUAUUUAUCUUUUGUAUUGUGUUUGGCGCAUUUUGUUUAUAAAUCUCUUAUUCUGCAUAUAUUAUCUCAAGAUAUUGCAUUAGACCUUUUUAUCAACUUUGUACUUCUUAUUUGAAUUUUUUUUUAAAUAUAUAUUUUUAUUGAUAGAAGAAUGUGUUGAACUGUGUUCAUACCGGGCUAGUGGGGGCCACGUCCUACAUAAAACAAAACAAUAAAUAAUAAUCACAUAAAUGAAUAACCACUUGCUUGAUCUGAACAAGUUAGUUGUCAUUUUAAAGUUUAGAAUCUGGACUUUACAAUGCAUAUAGCUGAUCCUACCAAUUAUUAAAUAACACUUUAAUUGGCUGACAAACAAAAACUGUUUUGUUCUCAUCUGAAUAUAAUUAUUGUGAUAAAAUUGCAGAGUUGAAAAAAACCAUAAAAAAUAUGUGAUUGUCAUGUAUUAUAUAUAUCACUGGAAAAGUCUGAAUUUGCAGAAUGCAAUGACCAAAUGUGUUUCAUACUGAAGUCAAACUGCAGUGAAUUUUAGUGUAUGAAAUUCUCACAGACACACAUAAAUAUAAUGAACUGGAAUGUCUUUUUGUCAUGUUUUUCCUUAUUUAUUUCUAAAACAUAACAUGAUAAAUAGAUCUUGAAAUAUUCUUCAAAGAGUGUACCUGGAAAGACAAUGAACAUUUGUGUGUGUGUGUGUGUGUGUGUGUGUGUGUGUGCACAUGUCAGAGGACUUCCACAUACAGUAUGUGCUCAUCUACAUUUAUGCAUUUGGCAGACAUUUUUUUUCCAAAGCAAUUUAGUGCACUUAUAACAGGGACAAUCCCCACAGAGCAACCUGGAGUUAAGUGGCUUACUCAAGGACCCAAUGGUGGUGUCUGUGGGGAAUGACCUUCCCAACUCAAUCCGGGAAGCUAAGUCACUCUCUAUCUUCAAAAAACGGCUAAAAACACAUCUUUUCCAAAAGCACUUAACCGGUCACUUAAAAAAAAAAAAUUAUUUACAUUUCUUGUUGCACUUAAAUCUGUUUUGUAUACUAUUAUGGUGAUAGUGAAACUUUGUAGUAUGGCACUUUUUGUACCACUGUCUCCCUAAGAUGAUUCGCUGAUGUUCUUCCUCUUUUGUAAGUCGCUUUGGAUAAAAGCGUCUGCCAAAUGAAUAAAUGUGGAAUGAACCAGCAACCUCCUGAUUACCAGUUAUGUGCUUUAGACCACCACCACUCCAUCUAAAGGAUUGGGAUGUUUCUGAACACUUAAUAUUUCUAUAUUGAAGUCUAAUCCAUUCAUUUCCAAUGGCUUAUCAUUUUUGACAACAAGUGAAAUAAAAAUACAAAAUGUAAAGAAAGUAGUCCAAAUUUUGUGUGUUUUAGAUGUGAGCAAAGGAAUUUUAUUCCAAUUAGAUACAAUACUGCAAGAAAAAAAAGUUGUCCAGGUCAAAAUGAACGGAACACAUAAGGUUUAAUGUCAUCAACGCCUAAUAAAGUUUUGAGAAUAACAAGCCUUUUCUCUUUAGUUCAUUUUGUAGUUUCACUUCUGUCUAGGCCUGAACGGAACUAUAAAAAACCUGCAUGUUUGCUGCAGAGAUACAUACAUUUCAUCUUUGCGUUUGGUAACGGUAUGUUUGCAAAUGAAGACACACGUCCUUUGAGUUUGUCUCACUAGUCAUUAUGAUGUGUCUGUUAUGAAUCGCACUGCAGUUGAAAGUUCUCGUGUGAAAAUAUAAUGUGCUGUCACUUUUCAGUGCACAUGGGCAUUGAUUCUUUACAUGUGCAUGCACUUUGUGGAGGAUUCAAAUGCAGUCCAAUAUAUUGGUAUAUAUACAACAAUAGUGAAUAAUAUUUUCUCCAUAAAACAGGGCUCAACGCUAAAGAUUUUUUCUACAGAUUUUACUGGCUCUGACACAAAAAUGACA